AUGCAGACCCAGACUGACAAUGCGGUGGUGGACCUGGAGUUGUUGCUCAGAUCACAGGGGUUCAGUGAAUCCCAGGGAAUGGCUCUUCUUGAUUCAGGUGCCUCUCACCCUUUCCGAGUGCCGAAGUCGCUAGAAGAAAGAACUUCUUCGAGAAGGGUUCAGGUACAGCUUGCGGACGGGAAGACCAUCUCGUUGAGACAAAACAGCGGCGGCACGCUGCUUGCUGAAAAUGAACAGGGUGGCACAAUACUGCCGCUGGGAAGUUUAGUCAGCUCUCUGGGGUGUGAGCUCCAGUGGUCGAGAAAACGUGGGCUACAAGUCCGUCAUCCACGUCAUGGGCUCCUUCCCACGAAACUAGUGGGCAACACGCCCGUCCUCCGGGAAGCGGAGGCGUUGCAGCUUAUCUCGGACCUUGAGGAGGUGGAACUCCAGAAGUUAAAGGCCCAGACCACUGAGGGAGUGAUCAAGACGCUGAUGACGGAUGAGACUCCGACGACUUGGCUGGACCACUUGGAGGAGUUUGUGGCCACGGGUAAGCGCGCAUGCCUCCGGCGGAUGCUUAUGGAUGAGGAGGCCCCCAUCAAGGCCGCAACGGAGGAAGAGAUAGCAGUCCUGGUGGGAGUGGAGGAGAAGAUCUUGCUGUCAGAUGAGGCGGGUGCGUUCUACCUGAAGUCCCUUCCUUACAACCGGGCUACGCGCAAGCGACUGUUGAGGACGAGGUGGAUUGUGCAUUUGUUCAAUGGAGAUGAGCAAGGACCUGAGUUCACCUAUGCGGAGUCCGAAGAUGUUACGGUGGUCCGAAUGGACGUCAGGACGUCCAAGGGCUUCGAUCUCCGGAUGUACGGACCCGCAGCUCGGGCUCUUCUAUGGGCGGCGGCGCGUGGACAAAUCGAGGGUGUCAUCGGGGGCCCACCACGUGGCUCGGAGCAUGGUUCGACGCUGUUCAAAAGAUUGAUGUUGACAUGGUUGGUGGCCAAUUCUGGCGCGGUCCAACAGGCUUUGUGUGCUCCCCACUUCACGAUGGAGGCUCCAACCUGGCACCCGAUUUGGACGAGUAGUGCCUGGCUGAGUUUCCGUGAUGAACUACGAUUCAUGAAGUACCACUCCGUGGCCGUGCAAGGCAACAUGUACUUCUUGGCUUCAAGUUUGGAGGUGUCUCAAGGAAUGAACAUCGAAGAGGCGGAAAUCAUCACGCUCAAUUACAGCACCCCGGCUUCUUCGUGGCCCACGACUUUGAAAGCAGGCCUGGCCCAGUCAAUGGUAAGUUGGCGCCGAAGUGACCUACGGCGACACGAAGCCACGCUCUGCAAGGUCGUGGGAUCCCGGGACCUCAAUGCCAAGGAUUUGGCCUACUGGCAGAAUCACAUCAAGAACAACCACUUCCUUAUGACAAAAGAUGCCGCACGUGUGUGCGCGCCAGCGCGACGGGCCGGGCCCAUCGACGAUGGCAAGGGGUACCGCUAUCUCCUCGUCGGCGCCUACAGCCAUCCCAAGCUUGAACUUCCACGUGAUGUAAAACUCCCUCCGGUCGAGGAGGAGGACGAUGUGGAGCCCGAGCUGGACCCUUUCGAGGAGGAGGAUACAGCACCCCGCCCGGAGGACGCAGAUGACGAGGAGCAGAAGGCAAUGAACGAGCGCUACAAGGAGAUCUACCGGGACAUCGGUGACGACAUCGAGCGCCAGACGCUGCAUUUUGUGGUGCCAAUGGCUACAAGGACAUCGAAGGAGGUGCGGGCCAAGAUCCAACAGAUCUACUGGCAAUCGCGCCAACAUGGGCUCCCAUUGGUCCGUAUCCACUCGGACAGGGGACUCGAGCUCAAGGCCAAGGAGACCCGAACAUGGAUGGCAGAUCGCGAUAUCCUGGCCACUACUGGUGAAAGCCAGCAGCCACAACAGAAUGGACGGGCCGAGGCCUUGGUUCGGGAUAUCAAGCGCAGACAGCUGAGUUUGCAGCCCGAAGACAGCGAGAUCUGGCUUUGGGAAACUAUGAGGACAAUUAAGGACCUCCCCUUUGGUGCCCCCACUCACGUGAAGCACAAGCAGUUUGGUCAAGGUGGGCGGUAUGAUCUACUGGAGCGCUGGUGCGAGGGAGUCUUUGUGGGAUACUCCAAUGAUGUGAAGAAUGGAAGAGUAGUCCGCCACACAGAUGGAACCUACACCACCUCGGUUCACAUCAAACCUUAUUUGUUCGACCCUGGUGAUUUGGUCGAGUUCGGGCCCUAUGAAACGGAACUACCAGUGCCUGAGCGGCGGGUUCGAGGAAAGGCCACUCUAGCACAACUGCUCCAGGAGCCUGACAACGAGAUCGAUAAGUUCGCCAAGGACCUCCUGGACCACCAGAAGUUCACUUUGGAUGAUGUGGUUGGGUUGUGGAAUGUUUUGCGGACAAAGGCAAGGCCAACAACAAGGACUACCCAAGGUGAAGGUCUUCAAUGGUUGGUGGGCCAGUACACUUAUGGAAGCUUAUGUGGAGUUGUGCGGGACACGGACCUCUACCCCGUGGCGACUGUGUACUUGGUGCAGGCCUUCAAGAAGUUGACGGCUGCCAUCGUGAUGUACACAAUCAUGGCCAACGCAACAAUGUACUUCUUCCUGUACUACAAUGUGACAGCGGAGCCUCGGGACUACGACUACGCCGAUGAAUGGAAGGAACUCCCUAGAGGUGGAUGGCGCCGGGGGCGGAUUCACGAGCUACAGAGAGGUGUUCCUAUCGAGAUCAACCCGAAGAUGUACCACUCCACUGAGCCAUGGACAGGGAGGCGGCUUGUUGUAACAGCCUAUACCCCGAGGACUACAAAGAUGACCAAAUCGACCUACGACAUCCUCUGCAACUACGGGUUCCAACCUCCUCCACUACCACCACAGGUUCCCGACGAACUCCAACGAGCCGUCUUGAAGAUGAUGACUAUAGAUGACCAGAGGGAACCCGACGCAGUGAUGUUCCUUAUCAAUGAGGCUGAGGAGGAGAACCGCGAAAGGGCAAGAGAUGUGAGUCGGGAACUAUGCCAACUACAAGACGAUGUUCUUGCCAAGCUGCGAGAGAGGCAGGAAUGGUUGAAGGAGUUCCUGGCUGAGGAGGAGAUCUUGGCCGAGGAGCUGCAGGUUGUCGGGGAAACGAUCAACGAGGAGAUCGAGGGCGUCAAUGGUGCAGUCCGGGAUUUACUUCAGGAUGUGGAGGAGAAGAUCAAGCUCACCGAGGAGAAGUGCCGCUCCCUCUAUCUCAAGGUCGCCAAUGUCACGGACGAGACUAACAUUGAUGAUAUUGAAGAGAAGAAGGAUCUCGAUGUGACAUUGGAUGUUCCGUUGGACCAAGUGAAGGCCAACCUGGACAAGUGGGUUGAGCCAAUGAGCAAGGAGUUGUCCAACCUUGAGGAGAAAACGAACGCUAUAGAGCGGAGGACAAUCCAGGAGGCUCGCCAGAUGGAGCGUGACGGUCUUUUGGCCCUCAUACCUGGCAAGGUGGUAUUCACAGUGAAGCCACCACCACCUCUUCCGGAAGCAGAGCAACGAGGAUCAAGGACACCGCGGUGGAAACGCAAGGCGCGGAUCGUCAUCUGUGGCAACAUGGCCACCCAGAAGCAUGAUCCAAAUGACCUCUUCGCUGCCGGUGCGAGCGUUGAAGGACUUCGUCCGGGCUUGGCUUUGGCAUCGGCAAGGCUAUGGAUAGCGGCGGCUACGGACGUGAGUGCGGCGUUUUUACAGGCUCUGUGGCCGGAAGGAAGACCAACCUACGGGGUACUCCCACCCAAGGUUUUAGUUCAAUCAGGGCUGGUGUCGGCGAACGUCGUGUUCAUUGUGAAGAGGGCUUUGUAUGGGCUCAGAGAGAGCCCGGCCUUGUGGUCGGCUCAUCGCACAAGUGUCCUGAAGAAGACCAAGGUGAGGUGUGGUGACGGUUUCAUGUGGCUGAAGCAGCUUGCCACGGAUGGCGAGCUGUGGAUGGUGCUGUGGACUCCUGACGGUGGCAUCCCACAGCUGGUGGGCUUGCUGGUCACCUACGUUGAUGAUCUUUUGUAUUUGGCCAACAAGGAUACGAUUCUCCGACUACACGAGGUGAUCGCUACUACAUGGCCCGCUGGCUGUGGACUCGCGCCUCCGCGUGGUGUCAGCGGGCUCCACUUCGA